CCUGGACAUACUGUUGGCAUGGCCUCGUAUGAUUCUUCCUCCCAAUCUCCUUCCCAAUCUCCUCUACCAAAACUCCAGAUUGCCAUCGUCUUCUUGAUUCAACUUACAGAGCCUCUAGCUGCCACCGUCAUCUACCCUUUCAUAAAUCCGUUUGUCAAUAGCACCGGGAUCACUGGAGGGAACGAGAAAAAGACUGGUUAUUAUGCCGGGAUAAUUGAAUCUGCAUUCUUUCUCGCUGAAUGCUUCACAGUGAUGCUGUGGGGAAUGGCCUCAGAUCGCUUCGGUCGCAGGCCUAUCCUACUGCUAGGCCCUUUGGGAUUAUUCAUCGCGACGCUCUGUUUUGGUUUGUCCACGCAAUACCGCGAGUUGAUAAUAUUUCGAAGUAUCCAAGGAGCUUUCAAUGGUAACAUUGGCGUGUCGAAAACCAUCCUCGCAGAACUCUCAGAUUCCACCAACAUUGCCCAAAUCUUCAGCCUUGCACCAAUGAUAUGGUGUAUCGGUGUUAUUAUGGGACCAUCCAUCGGCGGCGUUCUUGCUGAUCCAGAAAAACAAUUUCCGUCAACUUUAGGGAAGAUAUCACUCCUGCGCGAUCAUCCGUUCUUUCUUCCGUGCGCCGUUGUCGCGUUCUUCGCGUUGAUAUUUUUCCUUAUCGCGUUAAUUGGAUUAAAGGAGGUAAGCGGUCUGCAGCCUUCGACGUCGACGCUAUGCUCGACCGUAUCAAGCACGUCUACACUAGAGGAUUUAGAAAGUGACCAGGAAACCGUUUUAGCUUCCGACUCUGAGGAUGAGGAAGACUCCAAAGUGGACGCUGAAACCCCUGCAACUCUAAAAUUACUGCUCAUCCCUGAGGUCCUUUUUCCCAUCGCGAACUACAGUCUUAUCGCUCUCCUAGAUUCCAGUUACACCGUUCUGAUUCCCCUUACCUACACUACCUCCGUUGCAGCCGGUGGAUUAGGGCUCACUCCUUUUCAUGUGGGAAUCAUCCUCAGUGUAUGGGGAGCUGCGAACAUCCCUUUCCCCAUAUUCUGUAUACCUAGGCUCAUAAACCGUUUCGGGGCACGAACGAUCAAUUUUGUGGGUGUAUGCUCGUUUUUGGUCGGGUUUGGCAGCUUGUGGGGGUUGAGCGUGCUAGCGGGGGCAGUUGGAUAUGCUAAUUGGCUCGUAUGGGCAUUGAUUCCGCUCCAGUUUUUAUUGAGUAACACCGUUGGAUCGAUGGCCUACGCUACCGCACAAAUCUUUGUCAUAAAUGGCGCUCCAUCUAAAUCCGCCCUCGGAGCGACUAACGGCUUCUGUCAGGCUUCUAAAACCAUGGCACGAACCAUUGGCCCGGUGUUGGCCACGUCCUUGUUCUCCCUCUCCAAAGAACACGACCUGUGUGGAGGAUAUCUAGUAUACACGAUGUUUAUGCUAAUUACAUUCGUGUGUAUGCGCACCACAAUGUGCUUGCCUAGGGAACUAAAGAAUCUACGAUAAAAGCUCGACGUCAGAAGUGUCUUCUCACCCCAGCUAUGUGGCCAGAUAACGCCGCUCUUCCAACUUCGGGUCUAUUUACAAAGGACUCGAGCGAACUCGCCGCUGCUCCAACUUGAAGCUCGAUUUCCCUACGCGAUUUGGACGUCUUAUCUUGCAUCUAUGUUUAUCAAAAUCCUGUCAUCUCUUGCAUGUUCCCCUCCCCCAGAUCUCACGCCCCAUCAGCUUUCAAAAACUCGCACUUAAUUCUAAUCCA